AUGAAUGUUAAUUUAAUCUGUCCUUAGCACAAAUAACAAGUUAUCCAAGCCUGCAUUGAUUUAGAUUGCUCUGUGUUCCCUUUUAUGUGUAAAGUGUGUAUGACAGAUUAAAAAACCAUUUCUUAACAUACAAAACACAAUCAAUGUUUAAUACCCUACCAGUAAUAUGUAACAUUGGUAAGUAAAUAAAUUGAAGACUAACUUCAUGAUUCUAACAAAUAUAUUGAUCUUUUUAACAAAGAAUCUUAAGUUGUUUAAUAAAUUUUGUUAUCAGAUGAACAUUUGAAUAAUAUGGAAGGAUAUGUAAGAUCAUAAAAAUAAUAAAUUGAAUCUGAUAUCAACUAAGCCUUAGAAUCCAUCGUAUUACUAUUUGAAUUGCAUAAAACAGAACUAUUAAACAAACUAGAUCAAUAUCUCAAAAUAUACAAAAACAAUUUUUUUAUACUUAAAGAAUAACUAGAACCAAUACAUUUCCUUUUGACUAAGUGUAAAUAUUACUCAAAUGAAAAUAAUUUAAAAGUAAGAAUUAUCUGUAUUAUAGUAAAAAUUGCAUACUAAACCUGAUUUAGGAUCAUAAGUCAAAGUAUCAAUUAAAUAAAUGUCUAUUAUAAAGAAACCAGAAUAAUUAAAGUAAGUAUUGGAUAAAGUCAAGAAGGCUUAAGAAUUAUAAUAUAAUAAUGAGAAUUUCACAAAAUUGCUAACUGAUGCAAUGAAUUCAAUCAAAGAUUUCUAUAUUAAGAAUGUCAGUAUUCCAAAUCAAACACCAAUUGAAAUUUAACAAUAACCAAAUAUAUUAACUACUAUUCAAGCUAUAUCCUCUCCUCCAAUUAAAAGUAAAUCUAUGGAUGUAUCAAAUGCUGAUAAGGUGACAAUGUUAGAUGAUAACAAAACAGUUAUUUCUGCAGUCGAUACUAAAAUCUCUCUUUAAAGUUAAUUAUAACCAACAAUAAUUCCAAAUAUUAAUGUUUAAAUAUUAGAUAAUAGAAUAAUUGAAGAUGCUAAUCAAUCAAAAGUAAUAUUAUUUAUUAUUAUAUAUUUAGGGACAUUCAAAUUAAAGAUUCAGAAUAAAAAAGAAAUUAAGUAUUGAAUUCUAAGUUACUUCAUUGGCUUUAGUCAGUAAUGCAUCUGUUGCCUUAGGAUUAGCUGAUGGAACUGUCAAAUUAUUAGACAUGAGUACAAGCAAAGUUAGUUUUUAUCCUAAUACUUAUAUUUAACAUACUAAACCUGUUUGUCAAUUAUCAAUUUUAAAAUAAAAUAGGGGUACUAGAUUGGCAUCUUUAAGUGAUGAAAAUUAUGCAAUAAUAUGGACAUUAGGAGAAAAUUAUGUACCUUAUCCAGAGAGAAAAUUAAUUGGAUUCAAAUCUAAAUUAAAUAGAAUUAUGGAUAUUGCAGAUUCAUCACAUCUUCUUUGUUUGAGUGAUACUAAUCUAUAAGUUAUCAAUUAUCAUGAUAAUAGAAUUGCUUAUACUUUUGAUUUUAAAACUUAACUUAUUGAAUUCCUUUAUGUAAGUAAAUAUGAAAAAUUUGCUACCAUUUCUCAAGGGAAUAUAGUUUCAAUUUAUAGUUUAAAAAUGAAUAAUAAUUUGUAAGGAGCAAUGUUAUUAGUUAAUUGUGAAUUAGAAUGUAUACAACCAGCUCUUCCUNUAUCUGUAUUAUAGUAAAAAUUGCAUACUAAACCUGAUUUAGGAUCAUAAGUCAAAGUAUCAAUUAAAUAAAUGUCUAUUAUAAAGAAACCAGAAUAAUUAAAGUAAGUAUUGGAUAAAGUCAAGAAGGCUUAAGAAUUAUAAUAUAAUAAUGAGAAUUUCACAAAAUUGCUAACUGAUGCAAUGAAUUCAAUCAAAGAUUUCUAUAUUAAGAAUGUCAGUAUUCCAAAUCAAACACCAAUUGAAAUUUAACAAUAACCAAAUAUAUUAACUACUAUUCAAGCUAUAUCCUCUCCUCCAAUUAAAAGUAAAUCUAUGGAUGUAUCAAAUGCUGAUAAGGUGACAAUGUUAGAUGAUAACAAAACAGUUAUUUCUGCAGUCGAUACUAAAAUCUCUCUUUAAAGUUAAUUAUAACCAACAAUAAUUCCAAAUAUUAAUGUUUAAAUAUUAGAUAAUAGAAUAAUUGAAGAUGCUAAUCAAUCAAAAGUAAUAUUAUUUAUUAUUAUAUAUUUAGGGACAUUCAAAUUAAAGAUUCAGAAUAAAAAAGAAAUUAAGUAUUGAAUUCUAAGUUACUUCAUUGGCUUUAGUCAGUAAUGCAUCUGUUGCCUUAGGAUUAGCUGAUGGAACUGUCAAAUUAUUAGACAUGAGUACAAGCAAAGUUAGUUUUUAUCCUAAUACUUAUAUUUAACAUACUAAACCUGUUUGUCAAUUAUCAAUUUUAAAAUAAAAUAGGGGUACUAGAUUGGCAUCUUUAAGUGAUGAAAAUUAUGCAAUAAUAUGGACAUUAGGAGAAAAUUAUGUACCUUAUCCAGAGAGAAAAUUAAUUGGAUUCAAAUCUAAAUUAAAUAGAAUUAUGGAUAUUGCAGAUUCAUCACAUCUUCUUUGUUUGAGUGAUACUAAUCUAUAAGUUAUCAAUUAUCAUGAUAAUAGAAUUGCUUAUACUUUUGAUUUUAAAACUUAACUUAUUGAAUUCCUUUAUGUAAGUAAAUAUGAAAAAUUUGCUACCAUUUCUCAAGGGAAUAUAGUUUCAAUUUAUAGUUUAAAAAUGAAUAAUAAUUUGUAAGGAGCAAUGUUAUUAGUUAAUUGUGAAUUAGAAUGUAUACAACCAUCUCUUCCUAUCUCAAAUAUAAGCACAUGUAUUGCAACAGAAUACUUGAAUGAUAUAGUCAUCUGUUAUGGAUGUACUGAUGGAUCUGUUAAAUUAUUUAAUGUACUUAAAAACAUCUUAAUAGGUGAAUAUUAAGUAAGUUAUUAAUAAUUAUUUUUAAGUUAUUCAAUUCAAAGGUAUAGGAGAUGAUUAUUGUUAAAUAGCAUAAGCUUUUUAUUUUAGUAGCCUUUGCUGAAAGUUUAAAAUAAAUUAAAGCAAUAAUGAUAUAAGAGAGCAAAAUAAUUCCAAUUGAAAUGUUUGGUGAAUUGCUUGAAUGUCCUGCUAGGAGUGGCAAAAAUGUUCUUUAAACAUUUUUCAAAAAUAGAAGUUCAUUUUAUUUAUUGAGUGACUCAUAGAAAGACAUUGGAUUAUAUGAAUUAUGCUGAA